AUGCUCCACUCCUUGGCUCUCAUCGCUUCUCUAUUCAUCGGUAGCUGUUCUUAUGAUGAAACCGGUAUAUCGUUGGUUAUAUCGAAUGAUCCGUAUGCCACUGUGGGAGAAAACGAAAGCUUAGCUGCUUCGAGUGGGAUACUCCAACUGAUGAGUGAUAUAAUUGGAGAGCCUCAGGUCCAUUGUACGAGCGCCCCAUUGAUUGACAGGAAAGUAGUGAAACUCGUCUGUUCUCCAGAAUGCGGUAGAAGGACUUUGAGAGAAGCUGAUGAGAGCAUCAGACUGUUAGGAGGGCAAGGAGGAAGUUGCCCAAGCACCACAUUGGGCGGGACCGAGUGUCGAUCAGGGCAGUGCAUCAUCGUGCCUAAAGAAGGAAAAUGUUCAUCAGGCAUGUCCAUGUUUAAGUCGGAGAAGUUGGGUCCCAUGUGCAUGUAUAACAACUAUUCCAAGAGAAUGACCGUUCAAGAGUCAGUGAACGAUGGAUCUAGCCGCAACAUCGCUCAAAAUUAA